AUGGCCACCAAAGGCAGUUCAGAAAUAUCAGAUGAACCAUCAAAUGCCACCAUGGCCACUGCUGCAAACUCUACUGAUUGUUUCUCUUGCCUUAGCAAUUCUUUCGAGCUGGAUAAUGAGUCAGGAGACUGUCAAGAAGACCUGAGAAAGAAGCAUGACUCAAUAUAUGAGCAACAGAUUGAGGAGAUCAAUGUGGGAACUCCACUGAAAUCCAAAUGUGGUGCUUCAGAUUUUGUGGACCAAAUAAUAGAUGCCUGUGGUGAUUUCAGAGCUUGUUUCACAUCUACAUGUGCGACAGAGGUUGAUCAGAUUUUCCAAAUGAAAAAUGUUGCCACUGACAUGGACUUGCUAGCUGUCAGCCAUGAAAAAGAUACACAGACUGUGCAAAUAACCACAUCUGAAAAGAACACCAUUACUGAAGUCUGCAUGUCUGAUUUAGAUGUCCUCGCUGAGGAAUUCAUAAAGCUAAAAGAGACAACAAAUGAGCGGAAACAACUGAAGAGCAGAAAGGCAAGCGCUAGUCCUGGUGGUGAGCACUGCAGGAGAGUUUGUGAGUGUGACUGUGUCCAACAGCUGAGAAGAGCAGAAAUGCGUCUUCUCGCUCUUCAGUUUGUCAUGUGUCAGCAGCAGUGCUGGAGACACUACUUCACCUCCCCACUGGGUGAAAAUGCUCUUUGGGGGACUGAGGGCCUGCCAGACAGCAUAGCAGAAACACUGAAAACACUACAGAAAGAUUACCAUGAGAUGAGGAAACAGAUUCUAGCAGGCACUCCUCUGGAUAACCUCAAGCCCCUGUCAGUAGACUCUGAAAAGAUAACUACAAGGGCAAACUACAGCCCAGCACUGGUGCUUGAGGCCCAUUUUGACUCAUUUGACCUUCCAGGAAG